UUCUCCGGUUCCUGGAAUUUUUCAAACCUCGAAAUGGAGGCGGAAGGGGAAAGCUGCGCCUCCCAGUCGCGGCGGCACGGAACCGCGUCUCCGCCGAGCGAUCCCGCUCGGAUGGCGGGAGGAGCUUCCAGAUACCUUGCCGACCUCCCCUCCCGUGGCCUCUUCUCCAACACCAUCCCCUCUUCGAACCUGGGGGGCAUCCGGGUUUAUGUCUGUGACCAUGAUACGACGCCCCCAGAUGAACAACUAAUUAAGACAAACACAACGAACAUAUUGAUUAGAGCUCUCCAAAUCAACAAACAAAAGAGUGAUUCAAAGGAUGCAGCAACUAAAGCUACAUCAGAGAGCAAGAAAGGAAAAAGGUUCAUUCUCCCUUGUUUUCCUACAGUUGGCUUGGCGAGGAAGUUGGUUUCGUUAGUUCAGGCUGGUUGUAAAGAUUGGAACAUAUGGAUAUCUGCUGAAAGAACUUCAGAAGGAAGGACUCCAUCUAAAAGAGCAAAAACUAAUAUUGCUCCUGGUAGUACCCAUCAAGAGGGAACCAGUUCUGGGCUUUUCUUGGAGGAUGCUUCAUACUAUGACUGUAGAGCGGUUGCGUGCACUACUGAAAGAGAGAGGGCUCUCCCCAAGAGGGAAAAAGGACGAACUGAUUACGCGCUUGCAAAAUGAAGCAUAAGUGGAAAGGGCAACUAACAAGUUUCCAAGAGGUUGUUCCAUCAAAAUGUACGGUGUAGGAUUUGUUGAAACCCAG